ACAUAGCUACUCCAUUCAAGUUAUUUGUUUCUAUUUAUCUCCUUACGUCUUCUGCAAGUAAUUAACAAUGUCUGAAGCAAAUAUUGUAAGAAGACAUGUACUUCUGGAGGAGAACAAAGUUGUAAAAGAGAGAGAGAAGACGAACAGUAGCUCUAAACUCCUCAAGAGAAUUUACCCAAUUGGCCUUCAUAAGAGCACUUCAUCUCUAUCCCUGUCCUCUUCUUUGUCAUUCUCCUUGUCGGAGACCUCGUAUGAUUCUUUUCUCACUGAUUCUAACUUCCCACUGGAUCAGAAGAUUUCCGCGGCUUUCCGCUUCUUUGCACAACCACCUCCAAGAAGAGAGUAUAAUUCUCCAGUGGCUAAACUUGCCCAGCAGCAGAUUAGUCUGGCUCAGGAUGCUAAUGAUGGGGAGUUGAGGAGAUGCAAUUGGAUAACAAAGAAUAGUGAUAAAGUUUAUCUAGUGUUUCACGACGAAUGCUGGGGAGUUCCAGCAUACGAUGACAAUCAAUUGUUUGAGCUGCUUGCACUGUCUGGUAUGUUGAUGGACCACAAUUGGACUGAAAUUGUGAAAAGAAGGGAGCUUUUCAGGGAAGCGUUUUCUGGAUUUGAUCCGAACAAAGUUGCGAAAAUGGGGGAGAAGGAGAUUGCAGAAAUAACCUCCAACAAAGAAAUAAUGCUGGUAGACUGCAAAGUGAGGUGCAUUAUAGACAAUGCCAAAUGCAUAUUGAAGAUUGUAAGGGAGUUUGGAUCUUUCAGCAGCUACGUGUGGAGUUCUGUGAAUCACAAACCGGUCAUAAACCGAUUCAGAUACCCGAGAAACGUUCCUCUGAGGACCCCGAAAGCAGAAUCCAUGAGCAAGGAUUUGAUCCAGAGAGGAUUUCGGUACGUUGGACCCGUGAUUGUGUACUCGUUCAUGCAGGCUGCAGGGCUGACAAAUGAUCAUCUGGUGGAUUGUUAUAGGUACAGUGAAUGUGUAAACCUUGCAGAAAGACCUUGGAGACAUAUCUAAUUAAGUCUACUUAUUUAACCUUAUCUGAAUUAAGUACCAAGAGCAAUAUAUAUAUAUAUAUAUAUACACACACACACACACACUUUAAAUGCUUUUUCAAUGUAAUAAAUCAAUUAUUUGAAUUAUGUAUUAUAAUUACAGCUCUAUUUUUUACGUUCUGUUUUUUUCCUUGGUAUAAGCGUAUAAAUUGAGAUUGACCCAAAAAA